GUCUCGCGCACCAGCAAAAUAUCGAGCCGCUGAUUUUGUCGACGGGAAACGAGUCGAAUUUUGGACAAAUUUCGGCCGGAAAGUAGACAUGGGCGCCUCCAUUUUCCCAAUUUUCUUCUUCACAAUGGUCUGGGGCGGCGUGGGCAUCGCCUUGCCCAGGAUGGUGCCCAACGGCCCUCAACAAAGGUUGAUGCAAGUGGUGCUGAUGAUCACAGGGGCUUGCUGCUGGCUUUUCUGGCUGUGUUGUUACAUGGCCCAGAUGAAUCCGCUGAUUGGUCCCAGGCUGUCCAAUAGGACGCUGCUGCUUAUUGCCCAACAAUGGGGAAAUCCACUGGAGAGGUUCUAAAUAGGAGACACACUUCCAGCUUCCGCGAAUAAUUAAUUAAUCGAGACUACCUUGCGGAUUAUUACUUGUGAGACCUCUGAAGCUGGCGUCGCGAGGAGGAUUGUGUUGAGCAACUCUACGAUUAUGCACACGUGCAUGUUUAUUGCAACAGAUUUUGAUUGAGUUUGUCAGAUAAUAAGUGAUUUAGCUGCAGGAGUAAAAUGUAUUUUCUUCAGUUUGUUUAUAACAAAUAAUGUACAGUGUAUGCACUUCAUUAAAUAUAACUGUUGAGAAAAAUGUAUAUAAGUGUUCAAAAUAAAAAGUUUAAACUCCAUAUAUCAUGAA